CUUGUGUUCUUCAGCAACAGAAAAACAUGGCUUCCUUAAGCUCCCUAGUUCUGCUUCUUGCAGUUCUGGUUCUGUCCCCUCAAGGGCUUGCUAACUAUGAGAAGCCCCCAGUAGAAAAACCUCCUGUAUACAAGCCUCCCAUUGAAAAACCACCGGUCUAUAAGCCACCAGUAGAAAAACCACCGGUUUACAAGCCUCCAGUUGAGAAACCACCGGUUUACAAGCCCCCGGUAGAGAAACCACCAGUGUACAAACCCCCGGUAGAGAAACCACCGGUUUACAAGCCUCCGGUUGAGAAACCACCCGUUUACAAGCCCCCUGUUGAGAAACCACCGGUUUACAAGCCUCCGGUUGAGAAACCACCGGUGUACAAGCCCCCAGUUGAAAAACCACCAGUGUACAAGCCUCCAGUUGAGAAACCACCGGUGUACAAACCCCCAGUUGAGAAACCACCGGUUUACAAGCCCCCAGUUGAAAAACCACCCGUGUACAAGCCACCAGUGUAUAAGCCCCCAGUAGAGAAACCACCGGUGUACAAACCCCCCGUUGAAAAACCACCAGUGUACAAGCCCCCCGUUGAGAAACCACCAGUUUACAAGCCUCCAGUUGAGAAACCACCAGUGUACAAGCCCCCCGUUGAGAAACCACCGGUGUACAAACCCCCAGUUGAGAAACCACCGGUGUACAAGCCCCCCGUUGAGAAACCACCGGUUUACAAGCCCCCAGUUGAAAAACCACCGGUGUACAAGCCCCCGGUUGAAAAGCCACCGGUUUACAAGCCACCAGUUGAAAAACCACCGGUGUACAAGCCUCCAGUGGAGAAGCCACCGGUGUACAAGCCCCCAGUUGAAAAACCACCCGUUUACAAGCCCCCAGUGUACACGCCACCUCACCCAAAGUACCCUCCAAGCUCCAACUGAUGACAAACGAUUCUGAAGUACGUUAAGAGUUGUGUCUGAAGUAUGUGAUAAAUAAAAGCUGUAAGCUCAGAAUAUGUAGUUUAGUUUACAAAUCAUGCCAAGGAUUACUCCUCCUGUCUUCGUUUAUUUUUAAUCAUUUGUUUACAGUGUUGUGGUCAAGAUAAGGGUGUCAUGGAUGCACGAAUGUAAAACGGAGAAAAAAAAAAGUGUGAUGUUUUGUAGUGAAAACUCUGAAUAAUAGAACUUUGUGAUUUUGAUAUUAA